UGAGCACAGUGGUUAGUAAUGUUCUUUAAUAUCAAAUAAUGUCAUGAAAAUAAUUAACUUUAAAGUCUAAAAGAAAUGAAGUAAUUAUUACCAAAAGUGAAACAAAUAAUUCUAUUGUUUAACGUUCCGAGUGCUUAAGUUUUUUCAAAAAGUUUACAAUCUGCAAAACAUUUAAAUAAGUGUUAUCAAAGUGAAUUUCAAAGGUCAAAAGUUUAUGCUAAAAAAAGAAUGUCAAGAAAUAAAUUGACUUCUGGUGAACUGAUUUCAAAAUGUUGUGGUAAAACAAGCUAUAAAAUUGGAAGUAAUUGGUUGCAAUGGGGAAGACAUCUUGGCUUAAGUGAUUCAGAUCUCGAUAAUAUUGGCUCUGAUAAUGCGAAAAAUUAUGAGAAAGCUGAUAAUGUGUUAAAAAAGUGGAAGGAAAAAAACGGCAAUACUUCAUGGGAGCAACUAAAAAAAGAGUUGAUAGCUUUUGAGCGUUAUGAUAUAGUAGUUGAAAUUGAGAAAGAAUUUGGAGAUGAGUUAUUUAGUCAAGAAAAAAAAAGAUAUGAAGCUAUGGAUUUUGAUUUGUUUGAACAAGCAAGAAAAGAAAUUAAAAUAGAGAUGCAGUGCUUAAACAUUUACUUUCGAAAAAUAUUCUUGGUGCAACAUGGCUUUGCAGCUGAUUCUUCAAAUAUACCUAAAAUUGCUAGCAAAAUUCAUGUCAAAAAAGAUAUAUCAGAGAUAUGUGCAGCACUGAAAAACUAUUAUCUUGUAAAUAAUCGGAAAAUAAAUGAAGUUCAAACAUUACUAAAAACACCUGCAAAUGUUGAUCUGGUACAUACUUUUGUUGAUCUAUGUAUUGUUGAUGCAGUGAAUACUCAAUUGGAUUUUGUUUUUAGUGUUGAACGAAGAGAAUUUCUUAAAAAGCAAAUGAGUUAUACACCAAUCCCAUAUAGUGAAUUAUUUAUUAAAGAAAAAUCUGUAAUGUUAAUAUCUGGAAUAGCUGGUAUUGGGAAAACAUGGUUGCUCAGAAAAUGUUUACUUGAUUGGUCAAAUAGUUUAAUUUGGAAAAAUGUUGAACUUGUGUUUUAUUUGGAAUGCAGGAGACUUAAUCAAUAUCAAAAUGUUUCUAAUAUUAAUGAAUUACUUAAUAUUUUCUACAGUGACGUUAUAAACGAUUUUGAUAUCAACAAUCAUUCUGUUAUGUUUAUGAUUGAUGGAUUAGAUGAGUUUAAAUAUUUAAAUGAAUUAGUAAAUCCGACUUUGAAGUGUGAAUAUAAAAUUGUCAGUGUAUUAGCAGAUAUUAAAAAAUGUAAGCAUGUAGUUGCUGGUAGGGUUUAUGCAAUUGAUCAAUACCAAAGUAAAUAUACAGAGCAUAGUGAUAAGUCAACUAUUCAAAUAAUGGGUUUUAAUGAAAAUGGAAUCAACAAUUAUAUAGAAAACCACGUUAAAGAGGAAAAAAAAGAAGUUGUAAAAACAACUUUAAAGGAGUCACCUAUUGCAAAGGCCAUGGCAUCUGUUCCAUUUUACUUAUCUUCAAUGUGUAAAAUUAUUGGUGAUUCAAAUAAAAUAUAUACAAAUUCCUUCUUAACUAUGACAGAAUUGUAUGCAAAUAUUUUCUUAUACUUUUUGCAAAAACACGUCAUUAAAAACGAUAAGUUGAUUUACGUGAUAAUGGAAGACAGUUUUAAUAAAAAUAAUAUUUUAAAUGUUUGUAAAAUUGCUUAUCAGUUAUUUAUUGAAAAUAAAAUAAUAUUUUCCAAAGAAGAAAUUCAAAAUUUUAUCAAUGACUUUGAUCAAAAUGAUAGUAAUCUUUUUGGAUUUAUCGAAAAAGUUGAGACAAAUCUAGGCUGUUACUAUCAGUUUGCGCAUUUGACAAUAAUGGAGUUUUGUGUAUCUGUUUAUGCAUAUAAUUGUUUAAGUCGUAAAGAAAUUAUGGCCAAUAAAAAGUUAAGAAGUUGUUUAUCUAUGAUUUGUGGAUUAACAAACAAUAAAAGCCGAAAUAAUUUAAUAAAGUUUCUUGUUAACCUAAAUCGUUCAAAUGAGUCUUUACUUUGGUUUUCUAAUAUUGGAAACUUGUUCUCUGGGUACAGAAUGGUUGGUUGUACUGGAUUAGUAUGGAUAUUAGAUCGUCUAAAUGAAAGUAAUGACUAUGAGGACGAUUUGUUCAUUGAAUGUUUUUAUGAAAGUCAAUCAUCAUUUACAAAUGAAAUAAAAUCAAUUGUUGAUAAAAGAUGGUGGAUUAUUUCAAUUGACGAUAGAAAAACUUCUUACUUAACUUCUUGUGAAAAUUAUUUCGUAAAUCAUUACGUAAAAUCUGGAAGAAAGUUAUCGUCGUUAAGUGUUUAUAAAAGUAAUUUAAGUGAUCAAGAAAAAAAACUUUUAAUUCAAUGUUCAACUAAUGUUAGCAAUAUCUUUUUUUAUCGUCCGAUUAAUUUGGAAGGAUGGAAACCGAAAGAUAAGAUUGAAGAGUUGAAUAUAUUGAUCUCACGUUAUUUAAUAACAAAAAAAAAUUUUGAAGAAAACUUUCUUCCGUGGUUUAAUCUUUGUGAAGAAUUAUAUCUUGACCUUCACGACGAUAUUGAUUUUAUUAAAGAAAUUUAUGAAUGGAUUCGUUGUUCGAAUGUCAAAAAGUUUUGGUUCAAGUACCGUGAAAAAUAUUUUGAUAACCUCGAUGAACUAAAAUACUUUACAACAUGAUAAAAUAUUUGAUACCUUAAAUAUAUUAAAUAAAAACAUUAAAUACAAAUAACUGAUGAAAUAUUUAUCGUAUUAUUUUAUAAUAAAUACGUUUUUAAAUAUACAAAAUA